AUGAAUAACCAUAAUUUAGUUAGAAUAUUUACAUAUAUAUUUUUAUUUAUAAAUCUUUUACAAAUUGUUUCAUGUGAUAAUUUUAAAGAUUCGCAAUACAACAAUCACCACCAACACAAUUACCAACACAACUCUUUUGAUUUUUUAUUACAACAACAACAACAACAACUAAAACAACUUGAACAAACCACACCAAUUUAUAAUAAUAAUAAUAUAGAUAAUUUUAAUAAAAUUUUAAUAUGUACAAAUCAAAUACCUGAUGAAUGGCAAUCAGAUCUUUAUAGAGGUGAUCUAGAGAAUGGCUGGAAGAAAGGAUGGUCAAACUUAUCGGAAAGUGCAAUCAUUUCACAGUUUAAUGGAUCAAAUGAUUUCGAUUACAGUGCUUCAUUACCGGAAAACAAUGUCGCCUACGAAGGUGUAGCAUAUGCACUCUUUCAAAACCAAUCACAUCUUUUAGAAUCACUACCUAUAAAGUUUGCAAAUAUAAAUUACACAACCAUAUACAAUCAACAUUUACUUCGUUUCUAUUUACAGAUAAAUCAAAUUAAUAAUACAAAUAAUAAUAGUAGUAGUAGUGAUAACAAUCAAAAUUAUAAUAAUAAUAAUAGCAAUAAUAAUAAUUAUAAUGAUGAUAUAGAUCAACCAAUUUUAACAAUUAAAUUAAAUGAUAGUAUCAUUGGAGAACUGUUUCCAUCAAAUUAUUCAUUAGAUCAAUAUCAUUUAGUUACAAUCAAUGUCACUCAAUUUGCAAAUGGUAGCACAUAUAUAUUACGUUUCAAUUAUAAACCAUCAACACUGAAAAAUCAACUACAAACCUAUCAGUUCAUCGUUGAUUACAUUUCAUUAGUAUCAGUUCCAACUGUUUUAAUUGAGAAUGAUAUUUAUGUUUCUACAGUGGGUAAUGAUAUUAGUGGUAGUGGUAGUAUAGAUAAUCCAUUUUGUAGUUUACAACGUGCGAUUGCAUCGAUAUCGUCUGGCUAUACUAUCUACUUGAACGAUACAUAUCCUCUGUACAAGGCGAACAAAGCAACCGUCUAUGCUAUGGAUAAUCUAUCGAAAAAUCUAACUGUCACAUCGCUCGGUGAAACUGAGCAGUCCAUUGCCAUUGGAUUUACCUAUCCGAUGAUGAUUGUCACCGGUCCCAAUACAACAUUGAAGUUCAGUUAUUUGAGAUUGGAAGAUGGUAUAUCAUAUAACUACAGACAGGCGGCGAUAUUCACGCUCGGUCCUGACACAGCGAUCGAGUUGAACGCUAUCAAACAAUUCAUGGGUGAUGGUGUCAAUGCAACUGUGAUAUCCACUCACUUUACAUGUCGUGUUGCAAUCUACAAUUCAUCGUUCCUUCUCAAUAUGGCAUCGGUAUUCUAUCUGCGUGCCUACUCUGCUUCGUUUGACAACUGUACCAUCACCUCUAGUAAUUUCGGCUACAUAUUCAUCGCCAUCAAUCAAAACCUAAAUCUAACGAUUAGCAACACCAUUUUCGAAACGACUUCCAACGUAUUUCUGGGUGUUGCAUUCGAUUCGAUCUCUGUUGCCAAUGCAACGUUCGAUCAGGUUUGGACUGACGAUGAAGUUCCCGAUACAAUCGACAAUGGCAAUAGCAUUGAGUUUAUUAACUGCACAUUCAAUCAAACAAUCUAUCGAAUCAUGCUACACAAUAUCAAGAAUGUUUUGUUUGAAAGCUCUGUAUUCUAUCAGUUAAAGGCACCCGGUAUCAUUGCGUUGAACGAGGGUAUCGGAAUUACCACCAUUUCCAAAUCAUUGUUUACAAGUAUACCACAGACAACGACGUUGAUACCGUUGAUCAGUAUCCAAACGAAUUCCUACUUUCCGGUUACUCUUGUCGACACCAUUUUCAUAAAUAACAGCUGUCCGCUUAUCAAUAUCAUUAACAACUCAUCGUUGAUAAUGCACAACAUCACGAUAUCGAACAACACCAAGGUGGCAUCGCUUAUCAGUUCAUCGAGCUCGUCGAUAACCAUGACGCAAUCAACGAUACUCAAUAAUCAAUCGCCAUUGCUAUCGUCAUUCAUGUCUCUCAUAAAGAUUGUGGGAUGCAUUGUCAGUAAGAACUAUUGUCCAGACUAUCUGCCUUCUCCCUUUAUGAUAUUCCAACAGCCACUCUCUGUUGAGAUCAGUCGAACCCAAUUUGACACCAACAACAAUUUCCAUCUCAUCAAGAUUGAGAACGGACUACGAGUAUCAAUGGUUUCACUGCAGUUCUACUUUUGUAAUAUCGGACAGAUGAUCACUAUCAUUGACAACUCUAUUGCCACUCUAGUCAAUAUCCAAACGUUUGGUCUAUUCUUGGCAACUACCUUCCCGAUUGUCGUUGAGAGUUCACAGAUAACAUUAAGUGAAUCUUACUUUCAAUCUUCAACUCAAGCAAUAAGUUUGAUAAACUCAAGAUUCAACCUCCACAAUUCAGUCUGGGAUAAUAUCUAUUCCACUGAUAACAGGCAAUUAAAGACGUUCAACAUUGUCGGAUCCAAUGGAACGUUCCUCGAUUGUGUUUACAACUCUUCGAAUCCAUCCGGUGGAAUCUUUGCCAAAGAUUCAUCCGUUACCAUUGUAGGCACUACAUUUAUGGACUUAGCAUCCUACCAAUACUCUGUGGGAUCCAUCAAUUAUUCCAACUUUUUGUUCAAACACUGUAAGUUCCAAAAUAUUCAAACCGGUGAAAUCAUGAUGUAUUUCAGACAGAGUUCAGCAGAGUUUGACAAUUGUAUAUUCAGCAACAUUACAAGUCCAUAUACAAAUAUUAUGGCUGGACUUCGAUCAAUCAUUAGAAUCUACAAUUGUGAGAUCUUUAAUACACAAAGCGAUCUGACUGGAAUCGAUAUGAUAAGCAGCCAUCUAUAUCUAGUCAACAGCACUAUAUACUCGAAUAUCUAUUUGUUCUAUCCGUUCAUCUCUGUUAUCGACAGUGGCAAACUGUACAUUAACAACGUUCGUUAUCAUCAGAACCAAGGUACAAUCAAAACGGGUGCUGCCACCGCACGUAUCAUAAACUCUCUGUUCACUGAAAACAUUCAGGACGAAGUUCUUAUUGAUGUAACCUAUACGAAAUUGAAAAUGGAAAAUACCACUUUCGUUGACAAUGGCACUCCACAUCAACCAUCGUUGAUUCACGGUGUAUUCUCGUCGAUCGAGAUAAUAGACUCUGAAUUUAGAGCUGAGAUCUUCGAUAAUAUCAUAUCGGUUCUAUCUACUUCGCAAGGUAGUCUGCUCAUUCGAAACUCAACAUUCAAAUCGCUCCUUCUUUCGUCGAGUCUACUGAUUCUCAACAAAACGACACCGAUCGAUAUUGUCGGUUCCUCUUUCUUCGAUAUGGAGGGUGCAUCCGGUACGAUCGCGCUGUUUGCCAAUUGCGACCAAGUCGUGAUUAGCGACUGCCAAUUCAAAAACAACUACGCCAAUCGUGUUGCUGCACCAGGUUCACACAUACUCUACACGGAAUAUCCAAAUAGCGGAGGUGUCUUUCUUGUUGUCAACUCUGUACUUUGGGCGAUCAACAACAUCUUCAAGCAAAACUAUGCAUCCAAUAGUGGUGGUAUUAUAACCAACAUUGAUUCGACAUCGCUCUUUGCCAACUCAUUGUUUGAAGAAAACCAAGUUAUUGUCGGUUCUGGCGCAGUCUGUUUUACCAAUCAACCUACAUGUUACAUUGGAAAUUGUACUGAUCUAAAUCCUUGUACCUAUACACCGAUAUUAAAAAACAGAUUCAUCGAUAAUAGUGUUAUCAAUGGAUAUGGAAAAUAUAUAUCAUCAAGUCCUGUUGGAAUGUCUAUUACACUUUUAAACUAUGACAAAAUUCAUCCAAACACAAGUUUUAUUAUUGCUGUUAGCGAAUAUGAUUACUAUGAGCAAUCGAUUCUUUUGUUAAGCUCACCAAUAUCGAUAACAUUGGAUUUAUAUCUGGCGAAUGGAAUUCGCUUUCAAACAUUUACUAUACCAAGCACACUACAAGGAUUCUUUACCCAAACGUUUACUUUGGAUUUACCAGUUGGAACUGAAUUAAACUUUGUUGCCAACUCGACAAACGGUUUUAUUGGAACUUUUUCGAUCAAUAUAACUCAAUGUGAACCAGGUUACAUGCCAAGUCCAAAUGAUAACGCAUGUACACAGUGUCCGACUGGCUCCUAUGGCUGGGAUGGUAAGAGUUGCUAUAGUUGCAAGUAUUACCAGACAUCACAAGUAAUUUGUGCAGGUGGAACACAAAUUUCUGCUAUGGCCGGUUGGUGGAUUCUUCCUGAUAGCUAUCCAGCCAAGGUCUAUGGUUGUGAACCGUAUAUCUGUCAACUAGGAAAAUGUCGUGAACACCAAACCGGUACACUUUGUAAUGACUGUGUUUCUGGCUAUACAAAAGUUAAGGUGUACUGUGAGUACUGUCCCGACAAUAUCAAUUACUAUUUGGUUUCUGGAUUGGUCGUAUUCUUUUUCAUUUAUAUCCUGUUAAUGACACUCUAUCGACUGCCAUCUGCAACGGCCAUUCUCAAUUUCUUGAAUUGCAUUCAAGUUGUUGGUGUCAUCUCGUUUGACAUUAGAUAUGUUCUCAUUCUACCGCUUUUCAAUUUCGAUGUAGAUUACUAUCCUACCACCUGUUUAUCCAACCAACUCAACUAUAUUUGGAAGAAAGCACUGUCGUUUGUCCUUUUAUUCUUGGUCACUACACUAUGCUCCUAUCUCACCAUUGGAAAAGAUUUGGCUCUCGCUAUAUUUGGAAGAUUCAGUCAUUAUAUCGUUGAAAAUCGAUUCAACAACGAAUGGUUUUAUAUAGUAUUCAGCCAAAUUCUUACAAUCUAUACACCGUUGGCAUUCAUUUCACUCAGCUUGGUUUCUUGCUACAAGAUCGGUGAUGAAUAUGUCCUCUCAACGGAUGUAAGUGUGAAGUGCUUUACGAAUACCCACUACCCAAUGUUUGGAAUUGCCAUAGCGGUUAUCGUUUUCAUUUUAAUUGGAGCUCCUCUCUUUAUCUUUGUUCAAUGGAGAAGACAGAAUCGCUACUAUUUGAAAAACUUUUGCAAGAAAUAUCGACCAGGAUUUCAGUUUUGGGACCUCAUUCUCAUUGCCAGAUCGCUUUGUUUUGUAUGCACCACCAUUACAACAAUCUAUCAUAUCAAUACGAAAGCAUUGAUCUUGUCAACAUUUGGAUUGUUUUUCACUUGUAUCAAUUGGCUGUUUUCUCCAUACAAAGAAAAAAGUUUAAACGACUUGGAAACUCAUUUCGGUUUGGUAUUAUGUAUAUGUGCAAUGGUAUUCAACUCAAGAGCUCUAGAUAAUAGUUCUUUCUCAGUUGGAGCAAUCAUUUCAAGUAUUGGUUUCCUCUGCGUACUGUCAAUGCUUUACUAUUUAUUUUCAAAUAUCAGAUCAAAAAGAGCUGGUGUAAGCAUGAUAAAAGAUUGGGGAAUUCAAAAUGAAAGAUCAAAUCACCGAAAAUAA